AUGUACCUUCCGCUCAUCGACGGCCGCUGCGACAGCCGCCAUGGCGAGCCCCCGGUGUACGUGGACACGCUCGUGGACCUCCGCGUGCCGGACGAGCACGCCGCCGCUGGCUCAGGCAGCGGCAAACGUCGUAAGCAGCGGCGGCAGCGCAGGCUCACUGAUGGUGAGCUCGUGGGUCUCUGCUCCGAGUUUCUAGGCGCCGGCACGGAGCCCGCUGCCGCGGCGCUGCAGUGGAUCAUGGCGAACCUAGUGAAGCGGCCGACGUGCAGCGCGCUUCGGAAGGAGAUCGACGCCGUCAUGAGUGCCGACGCCGAGGAGGUCGGCGAGGAGGUUCUUGGAAGGCUGGAGUACCUCAACGCCACCAUCAUGGAAGGGCUCCGGCCGCACCCCACCGUGCCCAUGGUGCUUAGGAAGGUGAUGGCCGAGGACCAUGUGGCGCUGGACGGUCGGCGUCUCCCUGCCCGAACGGCGGUGCACUUUCCGCUGGCGCGGCUGGCACGUGACAAGACGGCGUGGACCGACCCGCGUGAGUUCGGGCCGGAGAGGUUCCUGGUUGGCGGCGAGGGCGCGGGCAUCAGCCUGGUGCCGGCCGCGGGCAUCGCUGGGAGAUUAGGAUGA